AUACUUGGGAGAAAAAUGGGAUCCUCUGCUCCUGGUUCCAGAUGGCCUGUGAUUCUAACCCCUCCUCCACUGCUGUGCCUCUUCCUUACCUGAGAAGUUCCUACCCUCACUGGUGUCAACUGUCCCUCAGCUAAUGUGUCACCCUAGUCCGACAUGACCUUCUGGCUGCUGAAAGGGGUCUCUGUGCUUAUGAGCACAUUCACUGCAUGUGGGUAUCUACACUAAGCUUUAUAGAUAGCCAGGGACAUACACCCACCUGCCAGAAUAUAUCACUCUGCUAAACAGACAUAUCCAAAUCCUCUCCUGUUCUCAUCUGUUCUCUUGGCUCUCUCCACUAAAUACAUACACUGGCUGUGAAUAGGCUUUGAAAUUUGUUUGUACCCCUGCAGUAUUCUGGGUCCUAAAUAUGCUUUAUCACUGACCCCAAGCCCAGCCAUUACAAAAUAGCACACAAUGUAGGUUAUGAUCACGGUUCCUAUGAUCAUCCUUAAAGAGAUAGAGGCCAGAUCUCACUAUGUCACCCAGGCUGGCUUGAAACGCCUGGGCUCAGGCCAUCCUGUCUCAGCCUUCCAAAGUGCUGGCCACAAUUACAAAACAAUCUCCGACCAUGGGAUCAAUUGUUAUAAAUAAGCCCAAGACGGCCUCCAGGUGUUCACUCCUGGACUGUUGAUUUCUUUGAUUCAGGCUGAGACCCAUUAGCCUAAGAUCUUUCUGGGGCCAAACUCAAACUUUUACCUACCUAAUUAUUUUCUUUUUGAGCCUGAGUCUCCCUCAGUCACUAGGCUGGAGUGCAGUGGCACGAUCUGGGCUCACUGCAACCUCUGCCUCCCAAGUUCAAGCGGGUCUCCUGCCUCAGCCUCCUGAGUAGCUGGAACUACAGGCAUAUGACACCAUACCCAGCCAAUAUUUGUAUUUUUGGAGACGGGGUUUCACCUUGUUGGCCACGAUGGUCUCGAUCUCUUGACUUUGUGAUAUAUGCCCACCUCAGCUUCAAAAAGUGCUGAGAUUAUAGGUGUGAGCCACCAUGGCCGACCCUUCUAUUUAUUUUUUAAAUGGCCCAAGCAAGCAGAGAUUUAGUCAUUUAGAGCCUGCCUGCCUUGCAUGCCAUCUCCCAUCUGCCCCUCCCCCUCAGACCUCAUCUGACAGCUAUUAUUACCCUUUGGUAAGAUAGUGCCUUGUGGUUAGAACAACUCAGGCUGCUACAGCCAUUCAGAGCUCCCCCACCCAGAGAUUCCCAUCUGCUCCCACGCCCCUGCUGCUGAGCAGCAUCACCUAGACACAGAGGUCUCCACUCCUGGCUCCUCUCCAAGUGUUCCCUGCUCUCCUCCCCUUCUGUAUGGUGGCCCCUGAACCUUCAAGCCUCUAGAUGGUCUCAUGCUAUGGGGAACGUCCCUCUCAUACAGCCCUGUCCAAGCCCCACUCGGUACAGUUUGCUCUGUGUAACUGCCUCCCAUGGUCACCUCUUUUUCUUUCAUCAGCUCCCAGAUCCCUCAAAAUCCUAUAGAUCUGUAUCACAAAUAUAUAAAAAGCUCUAAAACUUGGGCAGGUGCAGUGGCCCAUGCCUGUAAUCCCAGCACUUUGGGAGGCUGAGGCAGGUGGAUCGCCUGAAGUCAGGAGCUUGAGCCCAGGUGGCUAACAUAGCAAAACCCUGUAUCUACUAAAAAUACAAAAUGUUAGCUGGCCAUGGUGGUGGGCACCUGCAGUCCCAGCCAUUAGGGAGGCUGAGGCAGAAGAAGUGCUUGAACUUGGGAAGUGGAGGUUGCCGUGAGCCAAUAUGGCACCAUUGCACUCCAGCCUGGACAAGAGUGAAACUCCAUCUCAAAAACAAAAGGCUGUCUAUCCUUUGCUAUCAGCUAGGACUGGGAGGGGGAGUCUCUCCCCACUCAGCAAGAUCACAAAUGCCACAGCAUCAAGAAUACAGAAAAUUUAAAAUGGAGAGAGAAUACAAUUGGCCCUGUGAUGAAUGGAUGCCAGACAAAUUCAGAGUCUCAGAAAACGCAGAGCACCCCGCAAGGUGGCCAGUAAUAGGACUCACCUCAUCCAGCCUUUGUCAGGAUGAAAUAGAUGAGCCCGGGGAAAUUGUUUAGAGCGUGUCUUGCCUGCAGGAGGCACCAUGGAAGCUUUGCUGUUACUUCUCCCCUUGCUUCACCCCCUUUACUUCCCGUGCUGUGCAGUCCCUCCCUGUCCAUCCUACCCCCAGGCUGCCCGUUCUCCUUACCCAUCCCUCUCCUCAGGUUCCCCCAGCUGCCUGCUUUAAUCUACAUUCUCCUAGAUGAUGCCCCGCCAUUCUCACCUGCUGCUUAUCUUGUGCUUAGACUCUUACGGAGUUACCAUUUCACCUCUCAAUUUUUUACAUCUCUUAACUCUUGUACCUUUUAGAUCUGUCUUUACCUAUUGUUACAAUGUGUCUUUCCCUCCCCCUUCUCUGGUAGCACCCACCCCACCACCCCCAACACACCUUCCCUUCCUCUGUUUCACAUUCAUUCAUUCACUCAUUGGGCAAUGUGCUUCAGUGCCUUCCAGUUGCCUCUUUCUCAUCUGUCCUCUUUACCAUUUUUUUCCUAUUCUGUCUUCUCUCACAGUCCAUUGAGAGUGAGAUUUUCCUAUUUGUAUGGUUAUCUUAUGAGAUUUGUGUUUAAAGCUUUUUAAAUAUCCUUUAUCCUAUUGUUUCUUCUUCUCUUCCCUUGUCAUAUUUUAGAGUGUUUCAUUUCUCAGUCCUCUACAUGUUUGCGUUAACUCUGUUCCUCUAGAACAGCAUCUGUUCCAAGCUCUCUCUCUUCCUGUGUCCUUCCGCCGCCCUGGCUCUCUGCAUUACUUGCUUUUAAUGGAGUAGAAAUCUUUUCCCCUUGUAUUUCUCUUGCUCCUCUCUCUUCACACACCCCUCGUCCCCCUCUAGGUGCUUCUUGCUCUUUGCUUUUCCUUUUUACUUCCUCACCAUUUCAAUUUCUAUUUUCCUCUUACUGCUGUAUCAUAAAUGGGACUCCUGACAAUCACUCCCCUGUGUCCGCUGGGAGGCGGCACUUUAAGAAGGGUUGGCCGCGGAGCCUCACAGAGGGACCCCCGUCUUAUGCUGCAGCGAAGUACCACACACUGGGUGGCUUACAAACAACACAUUUAUUUCUCACGAUUUUGGAGGGGAGAAGUCCAAGAUCCAGCUGGCAGCAUGGUCAGGUUCUGGUGCAGGCCUUCUUCCAGGUUGCAGCUGCCACCUUCUCCAUGUCCCCACAUGACGUAAACAGGUCUAGAGAGCUCUCGGGGUCUCUUUUAUAAAGGCACUGGUCCCAUCAUGAGGACUCCACCUGUGACCCUCUUACCUCUCAAGGCCCCCCACCUCCAAUCACACUGAGGGGUAGAAUUUCAGCACUGGAAUUUUGGAGGACACAAACACUCAGGCCACACCACUGUCUUUAGAAGAAUCCCAGAAUGACUUGUCAGGUUCCUGGGAGAUCCGUAACAGUGGGAAAGCGUCACAUCCCAGGGAAGGCCACCGGCUGGGAGAGCCAUCCUAGACAAGGCCUGCUCCCUUCAAGUGGACCUCUGUGGAGAAGUUGGCUUGGCCCACUCUUUCUCUUCCACUGCUGAGUUAAAUGCGACAAGGUAGAAACCCAGAAGCCAUGCUGGCGCUGAGAGAUGAGCCCCACUCACCAGAUUCAAGGUCCCAAGGUAGGCAGACACCGGGCAAGCAGACUCCCAUUCCGGGAGUUUGGAACUUAAAUAGAGUCAUAGAGACACUCAGACCUGAUCCAAGUGAGUGCAUUCAGUGACAUUUCCUAGAGGGUCCUGACACCUUCAUCUGCACCUGGGACUGCCCCAGGUUCUAGGCUGCCAGUCACAGUGCACAGGUGCUGCUGAGCUCCUCUAAACCAUGAAGGAACAAGUGAGUUGAGGUAGGGAUGCCGCCAGCUGUGUGGACCUGGCCCAGGGGAGAGGCCGGGGUGGAGGUCAGCCCGGGAGUCUGCACACCUGCAGCUUGUUUCUACCGCACGCAGAUGGGCACAGGUGAAAACCUUUACAAGUGCCACAGACAUUGGCCAAGCCUUUAAAUUCAGAGCAACCCAGAGAGGAGAAAGGAGAAUGGAUGUGGGUUCAGGCGUGGAAAAUGGAGAUCCGAUUGCCCGACUUAGCUUUGAAGCGGAUCUUCUCUUUCCUGGACGUAUUCAGCUUGCUGCAGGUUUCCCAGGUGAACAAGGAUUGGAAUAGGGUUGCAGAGAGCAAUUACCUGUGGAGGGCACACUCUCUGCAGAGAUGGGACUGCAACAACGUCACCGAUCAACACCUGGGCGCACACACAUGGAAGCAAUUUUUCCUGCACCAGAGAAGGAAGGAGCUUCGGUUGUCAUUGGCACAGCCUGAUAACUUUGUCUGCAAAAUAACUGAGAACACUGCCUUUGAAGCGGGUUUGGCUUAUCUCUCAGGAAAUAGCUUUACAAUGGAUGAACAGGAGAAGUCAAUCAUUUGCAGUGUCUCUCCAAAGAAAGAGCUUUGUGCCUGGGAUGUGCAAGAGGGCACCAUGAUCUGGUCAAGCCCAGUCCAGAAGUUCCAAAUCUCAAAUCUGGUAACCCUCCCUCAGAUGCAUCUUGUCAUCACUGAGGAUAAGAGCAAAACGAUCAAAGUGUGGAAUUGUCAGGACAGGGAUUCUCUGGCCACUCUCCCCAUGCCAGAGACCUGUUAUUGCAUGGAAGCCCAUCUCACAAAGGAUGGCCCAUUCCUGAUGGUUGGCGAUGCUGCAGGUGACAUUUACACAUUUACACUGCCGGAGUUAAGGAAUAUUUCUAAAGUUACUGCAUUUCAAUGUGCUAUUGUACUUCUACGCUGCUCUCCUGACAAGAAAUGGGUGUUUGCAUGUGGGACAUACAGUCGUACCUUUCCACAGGUGUUCCUCGCAGAGGACUUACUGAGACCAUCAGAAGGCAGCGCUCCUCUGUCUACCUUUCUCCCACAUAAAUUGUGCACCACCGCCUGCUGGAACCCAAAGAAGAAAAACAGGAUUACACUGAUGUCCCAUAAUCGCCGUGGAAGAAAGACAGAAAUUAUCACCUUUGAUCUCACAACUGAGAGGACUGGAGGCCAAACAGUCGUCCAAGCAUAUGAGAUCUCAAGUUUCCAGUUGCCACCUCGUCUGGAGCACCCUACCUGGAUAGGAGCCAGUGAUGGAUAUUUGAUUGUCUUUCCCAGUGGGCCAGACUUGCUCCUAUUCAGCAUCACUGGCUUCCUGCUGCAACAAUUUCAGGACCACCAGACAGCCAUCAGCAACUUCUGGGUGGAUCCUCUCUAUGUGCUCACCACGUCUGCUGACUCUGUGCACCUCUACAUGUGGGAAGAGGGAGGCUGCCCUCCAUACCUCAGGAGCUGCUGUCACUUGGACAGUACAUGGCGUGAUCACAUAUCACAUCGGUUUAUCUCCUGUGUGAAGUGUGACAAUGCAAGCAUAGUACUUAAGGCGACAAAUAUAAGUGAAUCCAGCAUUCUGGUGAUGUAUUCUCUGAAUAUGUAAUACGGAAACUAACAAAAUUGACUUUGCAUCAUCUCCUGUAAUAUAGUAAAGAGAAUUCUGUUUGCAAGCCCGGAAUGAUUAUUUUAGUGAAAUUUAGAUGUUGUGGCCUGAAGUGGUGGCACAUGCCUGUAGUCCCUGCUACUUGGGAGGCUGAGGUGGGAGGAUCCCUGAGCCCAGGAGUUUGAGGCUGCAGGGAACUGUGACUGGGCCAUUGCACUCCAGCCCGGGCAACAGAGUGAGACCCUGUCUCAGAACAAAAUGAUUAUUAAAGAAGAAUAAAAGUAGUCAUACGACAUGGCUGAAGAGAUCUGGUUAAGCCGUUUUCUUGAUUUUUUAAGAUAACAGACUCUAUACGGCAAUACAUGGGCAGUGGAGACCAAGGUAGAAGAUGAGACAGAGGGAGAAAUCUGUAGAAUCAUGUAUGAAGAAUGGCACUUGCCAAAGGGGACAGGAAUAAGUAGGACCCCACAAAGAUCUGCAAUUCCCAGACGACUUAGGUUAAAGGGGGGUAAAAUGGAGUUGCUGUUGGGCUUUCAUUUUCCAGAAACAUGGGGCCCCAGAGCAAAGCAUGCACAGCACCUCUGCGUUGUUCAAAACUACAAACACAAAACAAAACUAAAAAAUCCAUGGCCAGGUGGCUGGAAUAGAAUAGAAACUGCCACAAUUGGAGAAUGGAAAAAAACUGAACAAAUGCUCAUGUUAAUGUCUUAUUUCAUAGAAUUCCAAAGACUACAUGAUGGAAUACAGGCCUCUACCAAAUUGGUGGUGAGAUCAGAAAUGUACAAGAUCCGGGACCCUCAGAAAAGUAAUAUUCCUUGUAGGUAAACUGAGGGGAAAUCUAUUCAUUAGAGAAGGGUGAUGGAGACAGCUGCCUCCCUCAGCUUCAGAGAUGGCUGAAAGCAACACACAGAAACAAUUAUCUUCAGAGAAUUCCUAAUCACAACAGAACUCACACUGUGGUUUAUAUCAGUCAGGGUUCCGGGAUGAUGACGACAUAACAUACAAAUUAAGGUAAUUUGAAGAAGGUUUAAUAAAAGGACUGUUAUAAUUUGGGGCACAGUUUGUUUUACUUUUUAAGUAGACGAAUUGGCUCUGUUGAGUCUGUGCCUCCAAGAUGACAAAAGAAAGAACGAGGGUCGUGCCUACAAGGGCCGCAGCCACAUGCAGCCUAGUCACUGAAUGACCAGUGCCCGAUGGGUGCCCAAGGACAAGGCCAUUAAGAAAUUCGUCAUUGGAAACCUAGCGGGGGCCGCAGCAGUCAGGGACAUUUCCGAAGUGAGCGUCUUCGAUGCCUGUGUGCUUCCCAAGUUGUAUGUGAAGCUCCAUUACUGUGUGAGUUGAGCAAUUCACAGCAAAGUCGUCAGGAAUCCAUCUCAUGAGGGCCACAGCACCGAACACCCCCACCCCGAUUUAGACCCGUGGGUGCUGCCCCACGACCCUCACCAAAGCCCAUGUAAGCAGCUGAGUCCUUCAAGACUGCAGACAGACCAGUCUCCAAUAAAAAUAAAAUGGAAAUGUAGGUUAUGAUUAUGAUUACUAUUUUUUUUUUUUUUUUUUUGAGAUGGAGUUUUGCUCUUGUUGCCUAGGCUGGAGUACAGUGGCACAAUCUUGGCUCACUACAACCUCCACCUCCCAGGUUCAAGCGAUUCUCCUACCUCAGCCUUCCGAGUAGCUGGGAUUACAGGUAUGCACCACCAUGCCUAGCUAACUUUGUUUUUUAAGUAGAGACAGGGUUUCACCAUGUUGGACAGGCUGGUUUCUAACUCCUGACCUCAAGUGAUCCACCCGCCUUGGCCUCCCAAAGUGCUGAGAUUACAGGCGUGAGCCACCACACCCAGUAGAUUACUUCUUUUUUUUUUUUUUUUUUUUUUUGCGACAGAGUUUUGCUCUUGUUACCCAGGCUGGAGUGCAAUGGCGUGAUCUUGGCUCACCGCAACUUCCACCUCCUGGGUUCAGGCAAUUCUCCUGCCUCAGCCUCCUGAGUAGCUGGGAUUACAGGCAUGCGCCGCCAUGCCCAGCUAAUUUUUUUUGUAUUUUUAGUAGAGACGGGGUUUCACCAUGUUGACCAGGAUGGUCUCCAUCUCUUGACCUCGUGAUCCACCCGCCUCGGCCUCCCAGAGUUCUGGGAUUACAGGUGUGAGCCACUGCGCUCGGCCCUACUUCUUAUUCUUAAAGAGAUAGAGGCAAGAUCUCACUAGGUUACCCAGGCUGGCUUCCAACUCCUGGGCUCAAGCCAUCCUGUCUCAGCCUGCCAAAGUGCUGGCCACAAUUACAAAACAAUCUCAGACCAUGGGAUCGAUUGUUAUAAAUGAGCCAAAGAUGGCCUCCAGGUAUUGACUCCUGGAUUGUUUAUUUCUUUGAUUCAGGCUGAGACCCACUAGCUUAAGAUCUUUCUGGGGCCAAACUCAAAUUUUUACCUACCUAAUUUUUUUUUUUUUAAUUUGAGAUGGAGCCUCUUUGUGACAACACAAAUUGGAAAAAAAAAAAAGAGAGAUGGAGUCUCACUCUGUCGCCAGGCUGGAGUGCCAUGGCGCGAUCUGGGCUCACUGCAACCUCCGCCUUCAGGGCUCAGGCGGUUCUCCUGCCUCAGCCUCCCAAGUAGUCGGGACUACAGGGAUGCACCACCCCCUCAGCUAAUUUUUGUAUUUUUAGUAGAGACAGGGCUCCACCAUGUUGGCCUUGUUGGUCUCUAUCUCCUGAACUUGUAAUUUGCCCGCCUCAGCCUCCCAAAGGGCUGAGAUUAUAGGUGGGGGCCACCACGCCAGGCCCUCCUAAUUAUUUUUUAAAUGGCCCAAGCAAGCAGAGAUUUAGUUAUUUAGAGCCUGCCUGCCUUGCAUGCCAUCUCCCAUCCUGCCCCUCCCCCUCAGACCUCAUCUGACAGCUAUUAUUGCCCUUUGGUAAGAUAGUGCCUUGUGGUUAGAACAACUCAGGCUGCUACAGCCAUUCAGAGCUCCCCCACCCAGAGAUUCCCAUCUGCUCCCACGCCCCUGCUGCUGAGCAGCAUCACCUAGACACAGAGGUCUCCACUCCUGGCUCCUCUCCAAGUGUUCCCUGCUCUCCUCCCCUUCUGUAUGGUGGCCUCUGCACCUUCAAGCCUCUAGAUGGUCUCAUGCUAUGGGGAACGUCCCUCUCAUACAGCCCUGUCCAAGCCCCACUCGGUACAGUUUGCUCUGUGUAACUGCCUCCCAUGGUCACCUCUUUUUCUUUCAUCAGCUCCCAGAUCCCUCAAACCCUUACAGAUCUGUAUCCCAAAUACAUAAAGAGCUCUAAAAAUUUGGCCGGGUGUGGUGGCCCAUGCCUGUAAUCCCAGCUAUUGGGGAGGCUGAGGCAGGAGACUGGCUUGAACCUGGGAGGUGGAGGUUGUGGUGAGCCAAUCACACCAUUGCACUCCAGCCUAGGCAACAAGAGUGAAACUCCAUCUCAAAAAAAAAUUUUUUUUUUUUGCAGAGAAAUAAAAAUCAUAGUUGAAAUGUCUAACCAGGGGAAAGAUAACAUACUCAAAAUUUUGAAAUAGUGUGUUGUACACAUAGGGAUAUUCCACUCUGGUAUUACAAGGUAACUACAUAAAUGAAUUAUUGGAAAAUAACAAGUAAUUGAAUCUGUGAAACGUCACCCAAUUCCAUUUAUUUCCCUACAAGGCAGGUUAUGGGAGAAAGUCACAAAUUAAUGGUCAGUGGACGUUUAAAAUAGUCCUAAAUAAAGUAUCAUUGAAAGCAUAGUGAGAGCUUUUAUAAAAGUAAUAAUAGUUUAUUGCAGAUAAUAUGUAAAAAUAUGCAGAAAUUUUUUCAUUUUAAACAUUUAUAAUUCCAUCUUAUAAAGUGAGCAUUUAGCCUUCUGAUGUAAUUUAUUAUACUUUUUCAUGUAUAUUUAAAAUAAACAUGUAAAAUAUUUAAAUGGAAGAAAUGACACUACAUUAACAAGUAAAAAGCUUUGUGAUGAAAUGAUUCUAACAUCUGGAUAGGCUGGGUGUGGUGGCUCAUGUCUGUAAUUCCAGCACUUUGGGAGGCCAAGGUGGGCAGAUCACGAGGUCAAGAGAUUGAGACCAUCCUGGUCAACAUGGUGAAACCCCGUCUCUACUAAAAAAUAUGAAAAUUAGCUGGGCAUGAUGGCAGGUGCCCACGGUCGGUCCCAGCUCAGGAGGCUGAGGCGGAAGAAUUGCUUGAACCCAGGAGGCAGAGGUUGCAGUGAGCUGAGAUUAUGCCACUGCACUCCAACCUGGCGACAGAGCAAGACUCCAUCUCAAAAUAAAUAAAAAUAAAUAAAAAUAAAAAACAUCAGGAUAAUCUUCCAUCAUAUGCCUAAAUUAUUAAAUAAUUUAUGUUAUUGACAAAUUGUUUUCUCAACUAGAAAUUCUGUCAUGAAGAAUAUUUUAAGGUUUUUGGGGUUUUUUUGUUUGUUUGUUUUUUUGUGGGGGACAGUGUCUCACUCCGUCGCCCAGAGUGGAGUGCAGUGGCGAGAUCUCGGCUCACUGCAACCUCCACCUCCCAGGCUCAAAGAAUUCUCCUGCCUCAACCUCCUGAGUAGCUAGUAUUACAGGCAUUCACUACCACAUCCGGCUAAUUUUUUUGUAUUUUUAAUAGAGACAGGGUUUCACCAUGUUAGGCUGGUCUUGAACUCCUGACCUCAGGUGAUCCACCCGCCUCAGCCUCCCAAAGUGCUGGGAUUAUAGGUAUGAGCCACUGCACCUGAUCUAAGGUGAAUUAUUAAUAGCAAUUGUUAAUUCUUUUCUAGAAAAUAUUUACCAAAAUGAAACCCUGUCUUGAUAUUUGGGAGUAUUUAAUCCCAAAUUCACCCAAAUUAAACACAAUGAUUUUACUAAACACCAGCCAACUUGGUAAAGAUAAAAGCUUGAAUAUUAUAUAGUAAUUUGGAUCCGCUUAACUUUGUGUUAGCUUAAACUUCUAAGGGAAAAAAAGUAGUUUACUAUCAAGUGUUCUUCUUACCUGAACAUUUCUAAAUUAUUACUAUUUUUAAAUACGUAAUAAUUUUUCUCAUUUUAUGUUUUGCUGUUCUGUUCAUUUUGUAAUUUGCUAAUUCUAAUUUACUAGAGAUAAUUUAUUUUUCCAUUUAGCAUUUUUCCUGUUAAGAUAAAGUUUCUGUCACUAUGCAAAUUGAGAAAAAUAUUCUGUAACUGCUGAUUAUUUAGUUAACAUUUAGCUCUAUUAUUUCUGAAACAUAUUUUGAAACCCUAUGUGAAAUAAACAGUUUACAGAAAU